CCUCCUGGAGCCGCGGGCAUUCGGCUCUGACCUCGUCAGGGGGUGGGGUAGGUGAGAAUUUAGGCGAUUCGGAUUAGGACUAUCGCCAGCCUGCCAACAGCAGCACCAUUUCGGUGGAGAGACAACACAGAGAGAGAGAGAGAGACGGGCCGCCGCCCCCCACCCCCCUCGCCAGAACUGCUGCUUUCUCUGCUUCUCCGGAAUUCAAACCAGGAGCCUGGGGUCAGAGGGAGGCGCACACCGUUCUUCUUCCCACCUUGCCCGGCCCUCCAGCCGGCCGCUCUUCACCAGACCAGGAGCGGGAGGGAGGGGUUGCGAGAAGGCGGGGCCUUGGGAGAAGGCGGGACCAGCAGAGAGGACUGAACAACUAGGGGGGGGGGUGGGGGCGGUGGUGGUGGUGGUGGAAGAAGAGACACCCCCCUCCCCCGGGGGGUAAAAAAAAAAAAAAACAACCCAACAACUCCCAACUGACAGACGAGCUCUGUUCGUUGGCCACCCUCGUGGGAAGAGCACGGAUUUGACAGCUCCCAGGCGUGAGGACCGAUGCUGACCCCGCUGGGCAUGCUAGUGAGGUUUCCUGGCUCCUCGCAAAGACCUCCAACCCCGGUGAGAUAUUAAGUGGUCUGGCUGGUUGCCCCAUGCCCAUUAUUUUUAACCGUCUUCAGAAAAAAGACCUUCCUUCCAAGGCUGCCUCUUGUUGGAGUGAACUUUGUACGGUAGAGGACCCUCAGCAUCGGUUUCAGAGACGCUGCCGUCUGCUUUUCCCAGUCCUCCGCACUACGCGAGUCUGCAAUUGACGAUUGAAAUCCUAUGAUUGGCUCCCAACUAGAGCCCAGGCCGAAACCGAUUCAUCUCUGGGUGUAGCUCUCAAGGUGUUUUUGGCGACAUGGUGAAAGGAGACUGAAGAUUAAAAGUGGAGGGGGGGCGAGAAAUCCAAGGACGCGAUGGCUGAGGGGGAGAAUGAACUUAGGUGGGAGGGAUUGUGCAGCAGAGAUUCAGCUACUAGAGACACAGCGCUGGAAAACGUUAAACAAGCAAUCUUGAGGAAAACUGAGUCUCUUCGUUCUGUGAAAGAGCCGCCUUAUCGUUCAUCUGAACAGCUUUUAAAUGCCGUCUCUUGGGAUGGACUCAAUAAAAUCCUUGCUCGUCUGCUCAUGCUUUCAAAGCGGUGUCCCUUUAAAGACGUAAGAGAGAAAAGUCAAUCUAUUUUGAAAUGUGUCCAGGAACUUGGAAUUAGAAUUCCUCGACCACUAGGACACGGACCGAGCAGAUUCAUCCCAGAGAAGGAGAUUCUUCAAGUGGGUAAUGAAGAUGCCCAGAUGCACACUUUGUUUGCAGAUUCUUUUGCUGCUUUGGGUCGUUUGGAUAACAUUACCUUAGUGAUGGUUUUUCAUCCACAGUAUCUAGAAAGUUUCUUAAAAACCCAACACUAUCUACUACAGAUGGAUGGGCCACUCCCUCUUCAUUACCGACACUACAUUGGAAUAAUGGCUGCAGCAAGACACCAGUGCUCCUACCUAGUGAACCUUCAUGUAAAUGAUUUUCUUCAUGUUGGAGGAGACCCCAAAUGGCUCAAUGGUCUAGAGAAUGCACCUCAAAAACUACAGAAUUUGGGAGAACUAAACAAAGUGUUAGCCCAUAGGCCUUGGCUUAUUACCAAAGAACACAUUGAGCAACUUUUGAAGGCUGAAGAGCAUAGUUGGUCCCUUGCUGAAUUGGUACAUGCAGUGGUUCUACUCACACACUAUCAUUCUCUUGCCUCUUUCACAUUUGGCUGUGGAAUCAGUCCAGAAAUUCAUUGUGAUGGUGGUCACACCUUUCGGCCUCCUUCUGUCAGUAACUACUGCAUCUGCGAUAUUACCAAUGGCAAUCACAGUGUGGAGGACAUGCAUGUUAGCCCUGCAGGAAGUGUUUCAAUAACGGAUUCUUUUUGUGAGGUUGAAGCCCUCAUGGAGAAAAUGAAACAGUUACAGGAAUGUCGUGACGAAGAAGAAGCAAGUCAGGAAGAGAUGGCUUCACGUUUUGAGAUUGAAAAAAGAGAGAGCAUGUUUGUUUUUUCAUCAGAUGAUGAAGAAGUUGCACCAGCAAGAGAUGUAUCACGACACUUUGAGGACACUAGUUAUGGUUAUAAAGAUUUCUCUAGACAUGGGAUGCAUGUGCCAACAUUUCGAGUUCAGGACUAUUGCUGGGAAGACCAUGGUUACUCUUUGGUUAAUCGUCUUUAUCCAGACGUGGGACAGUUGAUUGAUGAGAAAUUUCACAUUGCUUACAAUCUGACCUAUAAUACAAUGGCAAUGCAUAAAGAUGUAGAUACGUCAACACUUAGGCGUGCAAUUUGGAACUAUAUUCACUGCAUGUUUGGAAUAAGAUAUGAUGACUAUGACUAUGGGGAAAUUAAUCAGCUUUUGGAUCGUAGCUUUAAAGUUUACAUCAAAACUGUAGUCUGCACUCCUGAGAAGGCCACCAAAAGAAUGUAUGAUAGCUUCUGGAGGCAAUUCAAGCACUCUGAGAAGGUUCAUGUUAAUUUGCUUCUUAUAGAAGCUCGGAUGCAAGCUGAACUACUUUAUGCUCUGAGAGCCAUUACCCGCUAUAUGACCUGAUGUCUUUCCUCAGUUCAAAAAGAUGACGGAAUGAUCAGAAGAUGGUAUCUACGGGGCGGGGAGGAAUGGAGCCCCAGGACCAAUGGUAGAUCCAGCAUUCACACCUCCAUUGUGCCAUGAUCCUUUUAGUUUCUGCUCUUUUACUGUGGGAAAACCACUCUGGGCACCAAUCAGGGGGUGCUUGGCUCCUCCUCCAAGGUUAGAGCUGUGAAGAAGGGCUGUGAUUCACAGGCUUCUGCCUCUAUGACAGUGUAAGAAGCUGUGUAACUCUCCAGAUCCCAUUGCUUUUAUGAUAAAAUAAGAUAACCAGACUUGGAGCAUGCAACAAUGGGACUUGGAUAAUGACUAAAGCUUAGUGAUACAUAAGGAAUUUUAGGAGAUUCUGGUGCUGCUCUUCCUGCCGGUGGAAAGAAUUAGACUGGCUGCCCCCGUUAAGCUAUUAGAAUACAGUGAACACUGCUACUAUCUGAGCCUCUGUAAUUUGUGUGGUUUAAAACAGAAUUUGCAUCUGUUAAUUUUGAAUUAAAAAUUUAAAAACCUAGACAAGCCUCACAUCUCAACAAUGACCGUUUUAAAGUUAACAGUUAAUUUUCUUCACUCUAGUUUUGCUUUUGAAAAUACUAUAUAGGACAAGUUUUAUUUUAAACAUUUAGUUACUGUGUGACACCAGUUAUGAUGGCCUUCCGAAGACGAUUCAGGCCUUCCCAGUGCAGUCUUCUGGGAAAGUGCUGCUGACAGCCGCAGGACAGCUUUCCUUGAGUAGUUUC